ACACCUCCAGGAGAUCCCAUCCUCCAGCAGCAAUGUUUCCAGCAGCUUUACCUGGGACUGGGACUGGGACUCCAGCAAGACCUCAGAGUUUCUCUCGGGCAUGGGAGUGUCUGUCCUUAAGAAGGACAAGCUGGGCAACGAAAACACACCACAGGACCUGCUGGUGUCGUCGCCCUGUCCUCCUCAGAAACGGCAGAAGGUGAAGGAGAAGGAGAAGGACUUUGUCAUUGUGCGCCGGCCUCGGCUGCUCCGGGAGGCAGAGUCAGGUGUUUCUUGGGAUGCACUUCCAGAUGAAUUGCUUUUGGCAAUCUUUGCAUAUUUGCCCCUAAAUGACUUGCUAAAGGUUUCCCUGAUUUGCAAGAGAUGGCAUCGUCUUUCGUUUGAUGAAUCUCUCUGGCAGACUCUCGAUCUGACUGGUAGAAAUCUGCUGCCAGGAGUGAUUGGACAGUUGCUGCCUGCAGGUGUUACUGUAUUCCGCUGCCCAAGAUCUUGUAUCGGAAAUCCAUUGUUUAAAACAAGCAAACCUCUCAGAGUUCAACAUAUGGAUUUGUCGAACUGCACAGUGUCUGUUGCAGAUCUCCAGAGUAUUCUUUGUCUGUGUGAAAGGCUGCAGAACCUCAGCUUGGAGGGACUAGUGCUUUCUGAUGACAUUAUCAAGAGCAUUGCUAAGAACCCCAGUUUGAUGCGACUAAAUCUCUGUGGGUGCUCAGGGUUUUCUGCAGAAGCCUUGGAGCUGAUGUUGAGCAGCUGUUCUAUGUUGGAGGAGCUUAACUUGUCCUGGUGUGACUUCACAGCCACCCAUGUCAAAGCAGCAGUCAAUCAUGUUACUUCAAAAGUAACCCAAUUAAAUUUAAGUGGAUACAGACAGAAUCUACAAAUACCAGACAUUAAAACACUGGUGGAAAGAUGUCCUUUUCUCGUCCAUUUAGAUCUAAGUGACAGCGUGAUGUUGAAGCCUGAGUGCUUCCAGUAUUUUCGUCAACUCAACUUUCUACAACAUCUGUGUCUUAGCCGAUGUUAUCAGAUAUCACCGGCUGCCUUAGUAGAACUUGGUGAAAUUCCAACGUUAAAGACUCUUCAGGUAUUUGGAAUAGUGACUGAUAGCUCCCUACAGCUCCUCAAGGAAACGCUUCCUGACAUGAAGAUCAAUUGUUCACACUUUACAAGUAUCGCAAGGCCAACUGUUGGCAGUAAAAAGAACCAUGAGAUUUGGGGCAUCAAAUGCAGAUUGACGCUGAGAAAUCCUAGUGGCUUAUGAUUACGUACAACGCACUGGAUGCGAUGGACACACUGUGUGUAGUGAAGCUCCUUAAGAAGCAGAGUGCUGGAGCACCUUUAAUCACAAUACUGUUAUUGUAAAAAGCCUUCUAACUUGGUCUUAUGCCUUAAUGUAGUUUAAUAAAUAUUUUUACAGUUUU